CCUGACUUGCAGCAGCCUCUCUGGGGCCAGAGGUGCUCUGCUUGGCCCUGACAGGGUGCCCCCAGCUGGCAGCUCUCUGUGGGUCCCAGGCCCCCCAACCACGGACCCAGACCCCUCCCUGCCCAACCUCCUGGCCUGGGCCACAAAGCAGGGUGACCAACCUUCUGGGCUGCCCUGGUCUGAGGGGUUUCUGGAACAUGGGACAGUCUCAGGCAAACCAGGAUGGGAUGGUCACCCUGCCCCAGGCCACCUGGUUGUCUUUGCUGGCAGUAGGGUCCCCAGGCUGGGCCUGGGUCCCCAACCACUGCAGGACCCCCAGCAAGGCUGUGUGCAACUUCGUGUGUGACUGCAGGGACUGCUCCGACGAGAUGCAGUGUGGUUACCACAGGGCCUCACCCACCCAGGGCACCCCCUUCGUCUGCGACUUCGAGCAGGACUCCUGUGGCUGGCGGGACAUCAGCACCUCCGGCUACAGCUGGCUCCGAGACCGGGCAGGAGCUGCACUGGAGGGUCCAGGGCCGCGCGUGGACCACACUCUUGGCACCGACCUGGGCUGGUACGUGGCUGUUGGCACCCACCAGGGGAAGGAGGCAUCCACCGCAGCCCUGCGCUCCCCAACCCUGCACGAGGCAGCCCCCACCUGUGAGCUGAGGCUCUGGUACCACGUGGCCUCUGGAGAUGUGGCUGAGCUGCAGCUGGAGCUGACCCACAGCGCCGAGACACUGACCCUGUGGCAGAGCUCCGGGCCCUGGGGCCCAGGCUGGCAAGAGCUGGUGGUAGCCACCGGCCGCAUCCAGGGCGACUUCCGAGUAACCUUCUCUGCCACCCGAAAUGCCACCCACAGGGGCACUGUGGCCUUGGACGACGUGGCCUUCUGGGGCUGUGGACUGCCUACCCCCCAGUCGCGCUGCCCCCUGGGCCAUCACCAUUGCCAGAACAAGGCCUGCGUGGAGCCCCACCAGCUGUGUGACGGCGAGGACAACUGUGGGGACGGUUCAGAUGAGGACACUCCCACCUGCAGCCACCACAUGGCCACCAACUUUGAGACGGGCCUGGGCCUGUGGAACCAUUCGGAGGGCUGGGCCCGGAACCACAGCGCCAGCGGCCCCCAAUGCCCUGCCUGGCCACGCCGCGACCACAGCAGGAACAGUGCGCAGGGCUCCUUCCUGGUCUCCGUGGCUGAGCCCAGCACCCCCGCUAUCCUCUCCAGCCCCGAGUUCCAAGCCUCAGGCCCCCACAACUGCUCGCUCAUCUUCUAUCACUACCUGCACGGCUCCGAGGCCAGCAGCCUCCAGCUGCUCCUGCAGAGCCAGAGCCCUGGCGCCCCUCGGGCCCCCGUCCUGCUGCGCAGGCGCCACGGAGAGCUGGGGGCCGCCUGGGUCCGAGACCGGGUUGACAUCCAGAGCAAGCACCCCUUCCGGAUCCUUCUGGCUGGGCAGACAGGGCCAGGGGGCGUCGUGGGCCUGGAUGACCUCAUCCUGUCGGACCACUGCAAACCAGUCCCUGUGGUGUCUGGCCUGCCUCCGGGGCUCUGGGCCCCAGCACCCUGGCCCCAGCCGCCCAGCCUGCAGCCCCGGGAUUUUUGCGAACCAGGACAUCUCUCCUGUGGGGAACUGUGUGUCCCCCCGGAGCAGCUCUGUGACUUCCAGCAGCAGUGCAUAGGGGGCGAGGACGAGCAGGAAUGUGGCACCACGGACUUUGAAUCCCCCACGGCUGGGGGCUGGGAGGACGCCAGCGUGGGGCGGCUGCAGUGGGGGCAUCUCCUGGCCCAGGAGAGCCGAGGCCCUAGCACCGAUGCCAGCGGGGCUGCUGCUGGGCACUUCCUGUCCAUGCAGAGGGCCUGGGGGCAGCUGAGAGCAGAGGCCCGGGUCCUCACACCCGCCCUGGGCCCCUCAGGCCCCCACUGUGAACUCCACAUGGCUUACUACUUUCAGAGUCACCCGCAAGGCUUCCUGGCGCUGGUCGUGGUGGAGGACGGCCACCGCGAGUUGGUGUGGCAGGCCCCGAGCAGCAGCCGUGGAAGCUGGAAGGUGGACACGGUCCUUCUUGGGGCACGCCGCCGGCCCUUCCGGCUGGAGUUUGUCGGCCUGGUGGACUUGGACGGCCCUGGGCAGCAGGGCGCCGGGGUAGACAAUGUGAUCAUGAAGGACUGCAGCUCCACAGUGGCCAGCAAGACAGACACAGAGGUCUCCUGUAACUUUGAGCGGGACACGUGCGGCUGGCACACCGGCCACCUCACAGAUGCCCACUGGCGCCGGAUGGAGAGCCGUGGCCCUGGGUAUGAUCACACCACAGGCCAAGGCUACUUCAUGCUCCUGGACCCCACAGAUCCCCCAGCCCGGGGCCUUGGUGCCCACCUGCUCACCCAGCCCCAGGUGCCGGCGGCCCCUCAGCAGUGUCUCUCCUUCUGGUACCACCUCUACGGGCCCCAGGUCGGGACACUGCGCCUGGUGAUGAGACAGGAUGGGGAGGCAGACACACUCCUGUGGUCCCGGUCUGGCACCCACGGCAACCGCUGGCAUGAGGCCUGGGCCACCCUCCACCACCAGCUGGACUCCGGCACCAAAUACCAACUGCUGUUCGAGGGCCUCCGGGAUGGCUACCACGGCACCAUGGCGCUGGACGACGUGGCUGUGCGGCCUGGGCCCUGCUGGGCCCCCAAGCGCUGCUCCUUCGAGGACUCAGCCUGUGGUUUCUCCACUGGGAGCCAGGGCCUCUGGACGCGCCAGGCCAGUGCCACAGGCCACACCGCCUGGGGCCCCCGUGCUGACCACACCACAGAGACAACUCAGGGGCACUACAUGGUAGUGGACAUGAGCCCACAGGCCCUGCCCCGUGGCCACGUGGCCUCCCUGACCUCAGAGGAGCACAGGCCGCUGGCCCAGCCUGCCUGCCUGACCUUCUGGUACCACCUGAGCCUCCAAAACCCAGGCACCCUGCAGGUCCACGUGGAGGAGGCCGAGAGGAACCAGGUGCUCAGCAUCAGCGCCCACGGAGGGUUUGCCUGGCGCCUGGGCAGCGUGGACGUGCAGGCUGAGCAGACCUGGAGGGUGGUGUUUGAGGCAGUGGCCGCCGGCGUGGAGCGCUCCUACAUCGCUCUGGACGACCUGCUCCUCCAGGAUGGGCCCUGCCCUCGGCCAGCUUCCUGUGACUUUGAGGCUGGCCUGUGUGGCUGGAGCCAUCUGCCCUGGCCCGGCCUGGGCGGGUACAGCUGGGACUGGAGCAGUGGAGCCACACCCUCCCGCUACCCCCAGCCCCCCGUGGACCACACCCUGGGCACGGACGCAGGCCACUUUGCUUUCUUCGAAACCGGCGUGCUGGGCCCUGGGGGCCGGGCAGCCUGGCUGCGCAGUCAGCCUCUGCCCGCCACCAAGGCCUCCUGCCUCCGCUUCUGGUACCUCGUGGGCUUUCCUGAGCACUUCUACAAGGGCGAGCUGAGGGUGCUCCUGAGCAGUGCCCGGGGCCAGCUGGCCGUGUGGGGUGCUGGCGGGCGCCUGCGGCACCAGUGGCUGGAAAGCCACGUGGAGGUGGCCAGCACCGAGGAGUUCCAGAUCGUGUUUGAAGCCACUCUGGGUGGCCAGCCAGCCCUGGGGCCUAUUGCCCUGGAUGACAUUGAGUAUCUGGCUGGGCAGCACUGCCAGCUGCCUGCACCCAGCCAAGGGAACACGACAAUGGCCGUGUCUGUGCCAGCUGUGGUUGGCGGCGCCCUCCUUCUCCUCGUGCUCCUGGUGGUCCUGGGACGGCACUGGCUGUGGAAGAAGGGGGGCUACCCCUUUGAGGGUGAGACGGCGACCGUGACCCCUGGCUUUGACAACAUUCUCUUCAACGCGGAUGGCGUCAUCCUGCCGGCGUCAGUCACCAAUGACCAGUAG